GAGUGGCUGAGCAGGUUUGGCUACCUGCCUCCUGCAGACCCAGCAACAGGACAGCUACAGACCCAGGAGGAACUGUCCAAGGCUAUUACUGCCAUGCAGCAGUUUGGCGGCCUGGAGACCACUGGCAUCCUGGAUGAGGCCACUCUGGCCCUAAUGAAGACCCCUCGCUGCUCCCUUCCGGACCUGCCCCCUGGUGCUCAAGUAAGAAAGAAGCGACAGACUCCACCACCAACCAAAUGGAGCAAGAGGAACCUUUCUUGGAGGGUCCGGACAUUCCCACGGGACUCACCCCUGGGCCGGGAUACUGUUCGUGCACUCAUGUACUACGCCCUCAAGGUCUGGAGUGACAUCACACCCUUGAACUUCCACGAGGUAGCGGGCAACACUGCUGACAUCCAGAUCGACUUCUCCAAGGCCGACCACAAUGAUGGCUACCCCUUUGAUGGCCCUGGUGGCACAGUGGCCCAUGCAUUCUUCCCCGGUGACCACCACACAGCAGGGGACACCCACUUUGAUGACGACGAGGCAUGGACCUUCCGUUCCUCAGAUGCCCAUGGGAUGGACCUGUUUGCAGUGGCUGUCCAUGAGUUUGGUCACGCCAUUGGUCUGAGCCAUGUUGCUGCCCCAAGCUCCAUCAUGCAGCCAUACUACCAGGGCCCCGUGGGUGACCCACUACGCUAUGGGCUUCCCUAUGAGGACAGGGUGCGUGUCUGGCAGUUAUACGGUGUGCGGGAGUCAGUGUCCCCGACAGCACAGCUGGGUACUCCAGAGCCUGAGGAACCACCCCUCCUGCCGGAGCCCCCCAACAAUAGGUCUAGCAUCCCGCCCCAGAAAGACGUCCCUCACAGGUGCACUGCCCACUUUGAUGCAGUGGCCCAGAUCCGAGGUGAAGCAUUCUUCUUCAAAGGCAAGUACUUCUGGCGACUGACCCGGGACAGGCACUUGGUGUCCCUGCAGCCAGCUCAAAUGCAUCGCUUCUGGCGGGGCCUGCCGCUGCACCUGGACAGUGUGGAUGCUGUGUAUGAGCGUACUAGUGACCACAAGAUCGUCUUCUUCAAAGGAGACAGAUACUGGGUGUUUAAGGACAACAACGUAGAGGAAGGGUACCCGCGACCCGUCUCCGACUUCAGCCUCCCACCAGGUGGCAUCGAUGCUGUCUUCUCCUGGGCCCACAAUGACAGGACUUAUUUCUUUAAGGACCAGCUGUACUGGCGCUAUGAUGACCACACACGGCGCAUGGACCCUGGCUACCCUGUCCAGGGCCCCCUGUGGAGGGGUGUCCCCAGCAUGCUGGAUGAUGCCAUGCGCUGGUCUGAUGGUGCAUCCUAUUUCUUCCGAGGCCAGGAGUACUGGAAAGUGCUGGAUGGUGAACUGGAGGCAGCACCUGGGUACCCACAGUCUACAGCCCGGGACUGGCUGGUAUGCGGUGAGCCACUGGCUGAUGCAGAGGAUGUUGGGCCCGGCCCUCAGGGCCGCAGUGGGGCCCAAGACAGCCUGGCAGUAUGCUCCUGUACUUCAGAUGCACACAAGUCUGCACUGCCGUCUCUGAUGCUGUUGCCACCACUGCUGUGGGGCCUGUGGACCUCAGUCUCCACCAGGGCUUCCUGAGGGCAGUGCUGGCCUUACGGGUAAAGGAGCUGAGGAGGGCAGGGACACACCAGCCAGUAGUCAGCAGGACUUGUGCUCCAAGCGCCCGGUCCUUCCUUCCUUCCUCUCACCAAACCCAGGGGUGCUGUGCCCUCUGCUAGAGUGGCCUCCGAUUGGGACAGGAUGUCCCACCAGUGGCGUCCAUACACCCCUCUCACCUGGGGCAGCCGUAGGCAGUGCUCCUCCCUCUUCUGCGUACCAUUGCUGCUUCAUCGCACCUUACUGGGCUGCUCAGUCCUGGCUGUCACAACCCGGGGAUGCCUUGUCUUCACCUGAGCAGCUCUGAUGAUGUCUGCACGUGGGCUGAUGGGGACAACGGGAGGUCCUCGUAGGGUUCAUAGGGUCACUGUUCCUAUUUCACAAAGUGAGAGAGUUGAUGGCCCAGUGGGAAGCGUGGUGGGGAAAGGGUACCUACCCAGAAGUCUGAUCCACUGCCAUUUACAGCAGCUAGCGCCUUGUCUGCUGCUACAGAGGACCGACCAGUCACACUCAGGAUCUACCCACAGUGACACAGACACUGGCCAGGGGCCUUGCUCCAACAAUCGGAAGCACUCGCCUCUCCUCAUCUUAGAUGAACUGUUCUGAAAUGGAGGCGAUGUCCUGUUAUGUCCCUCUCUGUGGCCAGGAGAGAAUUGUGGGUCUCCCUGGGGUGCUGUUGCUUGGGGGUGUGCCUAUAGAGACAUCUCUCAUCUGUCAGUACCCACUGCAUCAGCAAGAUGCCCCAUGCAGUUCCAGGCUGAGACCCUGCAGCUUAGAUUCAUGGCUGUCCCCUCCCCAGCUGUGGAGGGGCUUCUAACACCUGGAAUAAAAGUGGGGGUUCAGUUAAGGAAGGGGUGGUUGGGGUAGCCCAGGCUCUGAGUAGGGAACUGGCAGUGUGACUAUGAAUCGGUAGCUGUAGGGACACUCAGCAGGGCCAGGUUAAUAGUAGCGUCCUCCAGGACCAUGACGAUGUCACCUCCUGGCCUCGGAGAUAUAGGAGCUGUGGAAGAAUUGCUGCUCUGAGUGACAGACCUUCAUGGUCCAGAAAGGGCCUCUGAUCUAGGACCAAGGAGUGACCCACUACUGGGAAUUGGUUCUGGGGCAGGAUGGGCCUGAGAGGCAUAAGAUGCCCAAGGGCAGAGCCACCCACAUAGGCUUGGAUGUAUAGUAGGCAGCUUCUGUCAUUGGACAUAUGAUCACACACCCCUCCCCAACUGCUCCCAUCUCAGGUAAGACAGGCUUCUGUACACCCCAGGUCACACUUCACAUACAUGGCACUGGUGCCUCUCCCUCCCAAGCCAGGUUUGAUCACUGUCAGGAUGAGCGAGCAGCCCAGGCCAGCACCCAGCCCGGCCCCAUCCUACACCACCUGUCAGGCUAGACAGACCAGAGUGGUGGUCUGAGAUGUCAUGAGGGCCACCCCACUCUGCUCUAUAUCAAAGCACGUUCCUGUGAUGUCCCAUGUCUUUCACCAGCCUGCAGGAUACAGCCGUCCAGUACAGUAGCAAGGAGAAUCCUGAGGGUCUUUGUCACAGCACUGAAAGCCAGGCCUGCGGGCUGGAGCUGUCUAGAUGCUAGUGUCUCACUCAUUUUAAAAACCCAAACUCUAAUAAAACUUUUCUACACUGGACAGGUGA